AUGGCAUCAACAGCAGCACAGCAAUCAGUUCCCUCGCUCUACAGGUCAUUCCUCCGCGUCAUCAACAAGUGGCCUGCAGAUCCCAUCCGCCCCACCCGCAACAUGAAGACCGCUCUCCGGAGCCAGGUCACAGAGUCCUUCCGAUCUCCCCUCACUACCGGCACUGGUAACCAAGAUACCCUCGCCUCGAGAAUCAAGGACGCCCAGGCCCAACUCGAGGCCCUCCAGAAGAUCACACACAACGAGUUCAAACAGAAGUACCCACUUUCGCCAAAGCUGUUGACGCCCGCCAGCAACCCCAACUACUACUCAAAGCUCGUCGACAUGCUGGAAAAGGAGACUGCCAAGAAGAACUUUGAGGCUAUCGGAAAGAAGGGCCCCACCUUCUUCCAGAAGCUCUUCAGGACCGCCAAGUAG